AUGGAUCAUAUAUCAGAUGACAGCCUAAAUAAUACAUUUCAAGAAGAAGAUAAUCAGGAAGAGGAUGUAGAACUUUCAGGUGAAUAUUUUGAUAGCCCAAUACGAAGUGAUUAUAAGGAGGAAGAAUAUGACCAUGAUGAAAAUGAACAUAUUUCAGGUUUAGAAGUUAAAGAUGAAGGAGACGAACAAGGAGAGGAAGAAGAGGAAGAAGAGGAAGAGGAUGAAGAAGAAGAAGAUGAAGAUGAGGAAGAAGAGGAAGAUGACGACGAUGAUGAUGAUGAUGAUGAUGACGAUGAUGAUUAUGAUGAUGACGACGAAUAUGAUGAAGACGAUUUUAACGAGGCUACGGUCUCGUGGAUUGAGUGGUUUUGCCAACUAAAACAAAAUAUAUUUUUAGUAGAAGUCGAUGAAGAUUUUAUUAGAGAUGAAUUUAAUUUAAUUGGGUUACAAAAUAAAGUACCACAUUUUAAAAAAUUAUUAAAAAUUAUAUUAGAUGAAGAUGAUGACGAUGAUGACGAUGAUGAUGAUGAUGAUUAUGAUGAAGAUGAUGAUGAAAUAAAUAGAAGAUCAGAAGAAUUAUAUAAAAAUAAAGAUAUAUAUGAACAAAAUGCAGCAUGUUUAUAUGGGCUAAUACAUAGCCGUUUCAUUUUAACUUCAAAAGGUUUAGCUCUUAUGAGAGAAAAAUAUAAAUCUGGUAUUUAUGGAACAUGCCCAAGUAUAUAUUGUGAUAAUGCAAAGUUAUUGCCAACAGCUAUAUCAGAAGUACCUAAAUUUUUAAGUCCACUUUUAUAUUGCCCUCGAUGUUGCGAAACAUAUUAUCCUCAUAAAAAUUCAUUAAUUAAUCAAUUAGAUGGUUCUUAUUUUGGUACUAGUUUUGCCUCUUUUUUUGCCUUAUCAUUUAAUAUACUAUCUGAUAAAAAAAAAAAUUAUUAUACUCCACAAAUAUGUGGAUUUACUAUAAAUAGGGACAUAAGAGAAAAUAUGUAUAUGGAAAUGAACAAGGAUAAUAGUGAAUCUUCUGAAGAAUCCUCUUGA